CACGCCACCCCCCAACAAAGCAGCAUAAGAAACAUGAGCAGAAUGGCAAGGGACUCCGUUGUCCCCGUGGAGGACGACCAGGACUUCGAGGAGCUUUACUUCACUUACCGCCCAUUGUCCAACCUGCCCACCCCGCCGCCUUCAUCCCGCAAUUCCUCUGCAGACCAAAGCCCUAAGAUCGGACUGGAUGAUGGCGAGCCACUCCCCGACCAGUUUCUAGGCCCCGCCAUCCACCUAGCCAACCUCGUCCCAACCUCCGCCUCCCUCAUCACACCCUCCGUCCCUCUCGUCCAAUCCCUUCUCAACGGCAUGGGCUUGCCUCUCGAAACCAUCGCCCUCGCCGUCUGCAUUCUCGACUCGCUCAACUCCCGAUUCGCCCUCAGCUGGCGUCUCCAGUGCCCCCUCAUCCUACCGCCCGACAGUGCCCACUCGCCGAACAAGCGCCACUCCCUCGCGGGCCCGCUGUUCCAGCAGCGCCAGCUGCACAUCGACUCGGUGCGGCCCGAACUCGUCAUCCUCGCCGCGCUGGUCAUCGCCACCAAGUUCACCGAGGACCGCCACGACUCGACCCAGUACUACUGCGCCGCCUGGGGCGGGAACCGGUGGUCCUGCGAACAGCUCAACGCGACGGAGCGCUGCAUCUGCGACAACCUGAACUGGCGCAUCAAACCGUUGCUCGACGACGAGGAUCUCAUGGCCGAGACGCUGGUCGAUAUGCAGAUGGCCGUCCGGCACUACCGCCCCGCGGCUGCUGCUGCUGCUGCUGCUGCUGCCGCUGCCGCCGUCGACAUGCCGCUGGCCCACCACGGCGGCCGUCUCCUCCCGCCCGGGCUGCGUGACUUGGGGCCCGGCCACGGCAAGAGCAAGAGCAUGAGCGUCGGUAUGGCUGUCGUGGGCUUGGGCUUACCGCUGACGCCGGUGGAGACCCCGAAUGCCGUCGAGGAAUGCGAAGGGAGGACGCGGCCGACUGACUAUCUGUCGCUGCCCAGGAUGUUGCCCAAGAGGGGUCUGUCUCCGGUGGGGGAGGAAUUCGACGCACGGCACUGAGUCCAUGGACGUUUCAAAACAACCUCGCAUGCCUGUAACGGGCUGCUUCGCAUUUCGUUGCGGCUCGUUUUUGCUCAGUUGGCCAUCCGACUAUGGCAACGGAGCGUAAUCCAAGGUAAUACUUUAUCGAUGCCUUAUAUACGACAUUUGAUCGGAAAGGAAGGACCGACCGCACUUAGGCAAACGGAGGAAGAAACGGCGCUUUUCAGGGCUUGGACGUUUGGCGUUUUUAUCAUUUGCAGCAUGGUAUCCUCAUGCAUGCAUACCUCAGGUACUUGGAUGGGGAGAUGGGCAUUGCCGAGGCGGAAUGGCUUCAACGACAGUGCCAGUUUGACCACGGUGCCUAUUUUUGCUUUUCGUCAUUGCAGGAUACCUCUUUCAUAGCGCACAUACCCCCUAUUAUUGAUCCUGAUGGUCAUCUCUUAUACCCGGGAU